AUGGAGCACGGACUCAGGAGCAUCCCAUCCUGGAACCUGGACAAGUUCAUAGAGCAUUACCUCCUUCCGGACACCAUCUUUAGGGCUGAUGUCAAAUCAGCCAUCAAAGUUGUGAGUGAUUUCCUGAAGGAGAGAUGCUUCCAAGGUGCUGCCCACCCAGUGAGGGUCUCCAAGGUGGUGAAGGGUGGCUCCUCAGGCAAAGGCACCACGCUCAGGGGCAAGUCAGACGCUGAUCUGGUGGUGUUCUUUAACAAUCUCACCAGCUAUCAGGAUCUGUUAAACAGACGGAGAGAGUUCAUCAAGGAAAUUAAGAAACAGCUGUACGAGGUUCAGCGUGAGAGACAUUUUAGUGUCAACUUUGAGGUUCGGAGUUCAUGGUGGCCCUUUGCCUGGGCUCUGAGCUUCAAGCUGAGUGCCCCCCAUCUGCAUCAGGAGGUGGAGUUUGAUGUGCUGCCAGCCUUUGAUGUCCUGGGUCCUGUUAGCAUCAACAAGAAGCCUAUUCCCUUUAUCUACACCACCCUCAUCUGGGAAUGUACCUCCCUGGGGAAGGAUGGUGAGUUCUCUAAGUGCUUCACGGAGCUCCGGCAGAACUUCCUGAAGCAGCGCCCACCCAAGCUGAAGAGUCUCAUCCGCCUGGUCAAGCACUGGUACCAACUGGUAAGGCAUCUGCCCGGCCACUGUGGGCUUCAUCUGCACAGAGUGUAG